AUGAGGUACCAGAGGAAGAGGAAGACUGAAGGGUGCCUGUCCUUGCUGGUGACAGUCCAGCACACUGAGCGCUAUGUCACCCUAUUUGCUUCUGUCAUCCUCAAAUGUGACUAUACCACCUCAGCCCAGCUCCAGGAUGUGGUGGUGACAUGGCGCUUCAAGUCCUUCUGCAAAGACCCCAUCUUUGACUACUACUCUGCAUCAUACCAGGCAGCUCUCUCCCUGGGCCAGGAUCCAUCCAAUGAUUGCAAUGACAACCAGCGAGAGGUGCGAAUUGUGGCCCAGAGGCGGGGGCAGAAUGAGCCUGUGCUGGGGGUGGAUUACCGGCAGCGCAAGAUCACCAUCCAGAACCGAGCAGAUCUUGUGAUCAAUGAAGUGAUGUGGUGGGAUCAUGGAGUGUAUUAUUGCACCAUUGAGGCUCCAGGGGACACAUCAGGGGACCCAGACAAAGAGGUGAAACUCAUCGUCCUGCACUGGCUGACGGUGAUCUUCAUCAUUCUGGGAGGCCUCCUGCUGCUACUGCUGAUUGGAGUGUGCUGGUGCCAGUGCUGUCCUCAGUACUGCUGCUGUUACCUCCGAUGCCCCUGCUGCCCCACGCGCUGCUGCUGCCCUGAGGAAGCCCUGGCCCGCCACCGCUACAUGAAGCAGGCUCAGGCCCUAGGCCCUCAGAUGAUGGAAAAACCCCUGUAUUGGGGGACGAACAGGAGCUCCCAGUUUUCAUCUUACCCAAUGAACCCACUGCUGCAGCGAGAUUUGUCCCUGAGAUCCAGCCUCCCGCAGGUGCCGAUGACCCAGACGACUGCUGUCCCUCCCGUUCCCAACGGCGUGUUGGAGUACCUGGAGAAAGAGCUACGGAGCCUCAACCCAGCCCAGCCUCUUGCUCCUGACCCCCAGCUCAGAGCUGUCCGUCCUAGCAGCAUGCUGUCCUCCCUGGACUCGGAGGUCGUGGCGCGGAGGAUCGUCCGCCUUCCCCCGCUGGCCCGAGGCCCGCCUUCCUCGCUGAGGACCAGCAGCUCUGCCCACCAGCACUGGCCCUCGGCAGGCCCCGCCCGGCCCCGGGAUUCCAGGCUGGAGCGGAGGCAGCACCGCUACGCCGACUCCCACCUGGAGCUGCAGGAUCGGGAGCCUCCGCGCUGGGUGAAGGAGCAAAGGGCGCCGAGCCAGCAGCGGAGUGGAGGGCACCCCAACUUCGGGCCGCGCGGCUCACCCACAUCCCGGUCAGACUUGGACAGCCUCAGCGACGUCCCUUCCUCCAGCGAGCUCCCUCUGCGGCCCCGACCCCCCUGGGCCAGGAGCCGCUAUGCGGAGAGGCCCCGCCGACCCAGUCCCCGCGGCAGCACCCAGAGGUGCCCGAGGCGCAGGCACCGGAGCUGCUCCCCACCCCUGCCCUCGGGCCUCAGCUCCUGGAGCUCGGAAGACGGGGAGAGGCUGCCCAGGAGCUGGAGAGCCCAUCCUCGGCAUCGCUCUCACUCCCCAAGUUGGCCCGAAGAGAAGCCGCCCAGCUACCGCUCUCUGGAUGUCGUCUCAGGCAAGGAUGGCAGGAAAAAAGGGAAUGUGGAGAGGCGCUCGGAGAGAGACAGCUCCCAUAGUGGAAGAAGCGUGGUUAUUUAG